AUGGGCUGUGGCGCCAGCGGGAAGGUGGUGCCCGCUUUGCCCCAGCUGGCCUGGACCAACGGCGACGGGCCCCAGGCACGCUCAGAGACGGCAGCGGAGGCAGCUCAGAGGAUGCACAUUGCCCGUUUCCGAGCCAAGUUCGACCCUCGGGUCCUGUCCAGGUACGACAUUAAGGCUCUUAUCGGGACAGGCAGUUUCAGCAAGGUUCUCAGGGUGGAACAGAAGACCACCAAGAAACCUUUUGCAAUCAAGGUGAUGGAGACCAGAGCCAAGGAAGGCAGAGAAGCCUGUGAUGCAGAGCUCUCGGUCCUGAGACGAGUUAGCCACCGUUAUGUUGUGCAGCUCACGGAGAUCUUCGAGGCCCAGGACCGAGUUUACAUGGUGAUGGAGCUGGCCACGGGAGGGGAGCUCUUUGAUCGACUCCUGACUCAGGGAUCCUUUACGGAGCAAGACGCUGUCAGAAUCCUCCAGAUGGUGGCCGACGGUGUCCAGUAUUUGCAUGCAUUGCGCAUAACUCACAGGGACUUAAAGCCCGAAAAUCUCUUGUAUUAUCAUCCAGGUGCCGAGUCCAAAAUUUUGAUCACAGAUUUUGGCCUGGCACACUCGGGGAACAAAAGUGGGGACUGGACAAUGAGGACGCUCUGUGGAACCCCGCAUUACAUAGCUCCCGAGGUCUUGCGCCGGCAGCCUUACACCAGUGCUGUGGACAUGUGGGCUUUGGGCGUGAUCACGUAUGUUCUGCUCAGUGGAUUCCUGCCUUUUGAUGAUGAGAACCAUACGAGGCUGUACAGGAAGAUUCUGAAAGGCAAACCGAAUUACACAGCAGAGCCUUGGCCAAAUAUUUCACACUUGGCGAAGGACUUUAUAGACAGACUGCUGAUUUUGGAGGCCGGUCACCGCAUGUCAGCUGGGCAGGCUCUUGCCCAUCCCUGGGUGAUCACUACUGCUGCAGGUUGUUCCAUGAAGAACCUUCAGAGGGUCAUUUCCCGGAACCUCCUUCGGAAGGAUUCGCCCCAUUCCCAGAGUCCCAGAUCUACACAAUCUUCUAAGUCCCAUACUUGCCACAAAUCAAGACAUCUAUGGCGCAAACGAAACUUACGAAUAGAAGACUCACCUUUGCCUGCUCAUUUGUGA